AUGGGUUCCCUCUUGCUUGCCGUCCACUUCUACAGCUUCACGAGGCCGACCCCUCUGCUCUCCCGGACAGCUCUCGGGGUCCUCCUGCUCAUUCUGUCGCCCUUCCUAGCCUACGCGGGAGUGAGGAAGACCUUCCAGGAGGCCACGCUCUUUGUCAGCCUCUGCCUGACCCUCUCGGUGCUCUGGUGUGGCUAUGGGGCGAUCCAGAUCCUGGCUGGGCAGGGAAUUCUGCUCCAUGCUGACGCCGACCUACGCGAUGCCGCCGUGCCGGGGCUGGUGGCCUUGAGCCUGUCGCUCUUCCUCCUGGGCCUGGUGGGCCUCCUCCAGAGGGAGGUGCCCCUGGCGGUGGUGGCUCUGGCCACGUCGCUCGCCUGCGCCCAUGAAACCGCUGCCCUCUACGACCGGGCCUUUGGCUUUGCUGCCGUGGCCUGCAGCCACCUGGUGGUCUGCUUUGCUGGGGGCUACGUGGGGCUGGGCAGGAUCCUCUUCUUCCUCAGCCAAGAGGCGAUCCUCCUGCCGGGCACCGGCCUGGCCCCAGGAGAGGCCGGGAAGGGGCCGAGCCCGGCCAGGGGGGCAACGGGCACCCAUGACCUGACCCCGCUCAGCUUGACCCUGAACAUGCUCUCCGCCAGCGUCUGGGCCUGCCAGCUCCUGGGGGUGACCGGGGGCCUCUCGGUGGGCCAGGUGCCCUGGCUUUGGGCCGGCGGGAUCUACCAGCUGGGGGUCUCGGUCUUCUCCUACCGCAGCCUGGACGCCAGGGCCGCCACCUUCUCUGGCUUCACAGCCCUCCUGAAGCUGGCCGGCGGUUACUGCCUCCUGGUCUUGUUCUGGGCACCCGAGCCGCCUGCCGUCCCUGUGCCGCUCUCAGUGACCCUGGCCAUCCUGCUGGCCGUCGUGGCCCUUUUUGUGGCCCUCGACAGCCUGGCCGACGGCCUGUAUGUGCUUUUCUAUGUGGCCUUUUGCAUUGCGCUGGCCUGCCGUCCACGUGGCCUUUUCGAAGGUGGCCCCCAGGGCGUGGCUGUGGCCAUUUUUGUGGCCUCUGCCCCCAUGACUUUCAUCCACCUUUACAACAGGAAUGAAAGUGUGAAAAUCCCACGGGGGGAGGGGGUGCUCAGGGCUUUGCUCUCCCGCCUGAGCCUCUGCAAGCUCUGGGAAGGGAAAGCCCCCCACGAGCCCUACUUGGGCUACUCGAAAUAUGCAGACGCGGAAGCGCUGGGCUACGCCUGCAGCGUGCUUGCUUCUUUUGCCAUCUCCGUGGGGGCAGAGCCGACGGCCCUCCUAGCUACGGUGGUCCUACCGUGGGUCGUGGCGGCUGGAGGGAUCUUGAAGUUCUUGUGUGGCUUUGUGGCCUUCUCCCGUGGCAAGACCCUAGAGAGCAGUGUGUUCAUCCUCUACGGGUCCACGUGGGUGAUCUGGGGCCUCGCGAGGUAUGGGGGCCUGUACGGCUCCACCCGGGGGUUCCAGGUCGCCGUGGGCAUUGCCUCCCUCAUGCUUUCCAAUGCCUUCAUGGCCCUCUGUGCGCUUUUCCUGAGCGCCUCUUGGUUCGCCUACACCCUCACCUUUGAGCUCAUCCUCAUCAGCUUCCUGCUGGAUGCCGUGGGGGCCACCCCGAGGGGCUACGACGUGGCCGUCACCAUCAUCUUCGGCCUGGUGAGCUUCUACUGCUUCCUGUCCUCUCUGGUCAACGGCACUUUCGAGAGGCCCCAGCUUCCUGCAGGGCGUUCCUUGGUGAGGCUUAGUGGCUCCGGAGGGGGACGCGCCAGGUGCCCCCACCUGCCAGCCAGAAAAGCUUCUUCGGUCAAGCAAGUUGCAGAUAUCAUGAAGAGGGGAGGGGCCUGCGGGAUCCCCACAGACACGGUCUACGUGCUGGCUGCCGCUUGCAGCCGCCCUGAUGCUGUGGAGAAAGCUUACAACACUAAGCGCCAAGCGCAGGACCGUCCCAUGUCUCUCUGGAUUUCAAGCCUGAAACAGCUGGAACCGGCCAAGCACCUCUUUAGCCCCAUUCUCUGGGACUUCAUGGACGCUGCCUGGCCCUCGCCCAUCAGCCUGGUGGUGCCACGAGGGGAAUGGGUGGACUGCCUGGGCAUGAAGGACUCGGCCAAGUACGUCGGCACCCCUCAGAGCAUUGCGGUCCGAAUUCCAGAUUGCUCAGUCGCUACCCAUCUCAUUGACUUGGUGGGCCCCAUUACAGUCACAUCUGCCAAUCCUACGGGUGAAGCCGACACGACCCAUCACAACCAGGUGUAUGCCAAGCUGGGAGACAAGGUGGACGCCGUCCUGUGCGAUGGGCCUUCUCCAGAGAACGUUGCCUCCACCGUGGUGGACUGCACCAAGAUUGAGACAGGGAGCGUUGGGUUCUUCCGAGUCGGCAUCGUCCCCAAAUCCCAGGUCCUACAGAUCCUGGAAGAAGUGCAAAGAAAGCACCAGCCAGGCCAAGCCAGGAACGUCACGGCAGCGGGGGGCAUGGAUGAGCCCCAGGCCCUAGGGGCUGCUGGUUCUCCUUUGAAAGGGGAUCCUCUGCCGUCCUAUUCCAAUGAAGGAUUUCAGGCAGAAGAGGCCUCCGAGCCUUCUCACUGAGCAGAUCCGCUCUGUCUGCCUCGUGCAGAGGCCCUGCUCCUCCAGUGGCAGAGGAAGGGGCUUCUCCCCUUGUGGCUUUCUCCCCAGGUCUCCUGCACGGCCCCUUCCACGGCCCCUGCAUUCUCACGGUUUGGCUUCUGCCAAAACGAUUCAUAUACAGCAUUAACAGGCGAGGGACGGGGGGGGGGCAAGCGACAGCCCUGCCCUGUCUGUCUUUAUUUCUUCUGAGGUCUGUAAGGAGAAACACAAAGCAGCCAUAGCAGGGGCACCGACUCACGAUGCAGUUUA